CCAGCCCAUCGCAUCCGCGGCCAGCUGCUGCGGGCUAUGGCUUGAUCGGGACGCCGGGCCCAGGAAUAAGAAAUAGGCUUCCCCCAACGGCUUGCGUGUGGCGGUCGGAGGUCGGAGUGCCGUCUGCCUUCUUCGCUUAUUCUCCGUGCUGCCCUCGUACGCCUCGAAAUUGACUUGCCCGGACGAGGCGCGGUUGAAGCGGAGGGUUUGCAAACUUCUCAUCCUCCUCCCCCCCGGAUCCUUCCCCCCCUUUUGUGCGAGCCUGAGAGUGCGAUAGACGACGACGAUACGGCGAAGGGGGUCGUUGACGACAAGCUCCCUUUCUCACCGCUGCCGCCGCCGGUUAAGGCGCCAUCUCGACUCGUCGCAAGAUUCGCAAGCACACGAGACGACCAGGUGUUGCUCACCGCCCAUCGCGCCCACCGUCACCAUGCGGUCCAUAUCGCUCAGCGCCGCGGCGCUCACGACCCUACUGGCAAGCCGCCGUGCCGACGCAGUCGCCGUGGGCACGGAUGGAAACGCCCCCGGGCCCAUCAUGGGCUUCUCCAACGCAGUAGCUGGCGACGGCUUCCUCGCACUGCCGGUCGGGACGGUGGCGCGGCCGCCCCGACCGCAGAACGCAAAGGGCAGGCGGGCCAAUGCGUUUGAGGACCAGCUGAAGAACAUGGACUUCUUCUACGCCACGGAUGGUGAGACAUUGCUUUCCCCCGAUGAUGAUGCGGCGAGUCGCGGGGGCGCACGUGCGGGAAAUGAAAAUGAGAAUUCCAACAUUGGAACCCGACACGCGACCGAAAAAUAGAAGAAGAGAUGAGAAAAGAAAUAGAAAAGAAAAGGAAACAAAAGCUAACGGACGUGCGCUUCUCCCCCACAGUCAACAUCGGCUCGCCCGCGCAAAAGGUCACGGUUCUCGUCGACACAGGUUCCAGCGAGCUAUGGGUCAAUCCCGACUGCACGACGGCGCCGACGCAGCAGCAGUACCGCCAAUGCCUCAACUUUGGCAAAUACGACCCGCGCAAGUCCAAGACGCCGCCCGUCGGGCCCUUUGGCAGCGAGGAGAUCAACUACGGCGACCCGACGGACCAGACCACGCAGACGUCGGUCAAGAUCCGCUACUACGCCGACACGGUUGCCCUCGGCGACGCCAAAAUCACCAACCAGACCUUUGGCGUCGUGUCGCAGAGCGAGGGCCAGUCGCAGGGCAUCAUGGGCCUCGCCCCCGACCUGCGGGGCGGCUUCGACGCCGAGGGCCCCUACAGCCUGCUGCUCAACACCAUGGCCAAGCAGGGCGUCAUCGCCAGCCGCGUCUUCGCCAUGGACCUGCGGCACUCCGACUCCGAGUACGGCGCCAUCAUCUACGGCGGCCUCGACAAGAGCAAGUUCAUCGGCACCCUCGAGAAGCGGCCCAUUGUGCGCGGCCUCAAGAACGAGUACCGCCUUGCCGUUGAGCUGAGCACCGUCGGCGUCACCCUCAAGUCGUCGCGCAACUUCAAGGUCGCCGGCAAGGACGCCAACGUGAUGCUCGACUCGGGCACCACGCUCUCGCGCAUGCACGCCGCCGUCGCCCGGCCCAUCCUCCAGGCCCUCGACGCCCAGGACGACGGCGAGGGCUACUACCAGGUCCCGUGCUCCAUGCGGAGCAGCGCCGGCAGCGUCGACUUUGGCUUCGGCAGCAAGACGGUGCGCGUGCCGCUCAAGGACUUCAUCAUGGACCUGGCCGGCUCCAAGCGCGUCUGCUACCUCGGCAUGGUCCUCACGACGGACCAGCAGAUCCUCGGCGACUCGGUGCUGCGGGCGGGCUACUUUGUCUUCGACUGGGACAACGAGGCCGUCCACAUCGGACAGGCCGCCAACUGCGGCAAGAACGACAUUGUUGCCGUCAGCUCGGGCACCAACGCCGUGCCCUCUGUGACGGGCAACUGCAAGGACAGCGACGCUGCUUUUACCGGAGGCGCAGUACCCACCCGGACCCGAAGCGGUAGCCUCCCAACUAGUGCUUACACGACGGUAUACACAAUCACCUCGUGCCCCGGGUUCGACCGCUCUUGCUCGACCGGCGCCGUGACGACGCAGACGGUCGAGGCGGCCCCCACCGCCACCGGCGGCAGCGGCGGUGACGGAGACAGCGCGGGCGUGCGGCCCGAGGCUCUGACUCGCGUCUUGGUUGCGUUUGGCGUUUUGGCGGUGCUGUGCAACGUUUUGUAGAUCAAAAGAGUUGGGGAAAGACAUGACGCAUGCGGGGCCGGAUAUAAACGACGGAGUCUGUUUCAACCUUGGCAUAUAUUUGCAGGUAUAUAUGGGAUUUGGAGCUGCCGUGAUUAGACGCGGGGCACAUAAUAUACAGACUUGAUACCCAGUA